GCGUAUCGUAUCAAGAAAACAACGUUAGGCCUCCCGUGCCAUACGCUCGUCAAUCCCGCGCUCGUUACGUUCCUCUUUUUUACGCUAACGGUGUUCCAGCUGGCUACGACUUUAUUGACGACAAAAGGUAUACACAUUUUGUUUCCCUAUUAUCUUCCAGCAAUUUCGCUGCAUUUGCUAAUUAUUCUUACAUGCUCUAACUAUAUACAACAGGCUGAAGAAAUUCUACCUAGGAACAACAUCAACGAGACGCCCUUGGGUCGUUUAUUCAACAACAUUCUGAAUCCGAUCUCUAAUUUAAUUACGAGGACAUCUACGAUUACUAACACUUUUGUGUCGACGGUAACCACGGCAACCUACACCCACUGUCUACCCAGCACGCAGUUCAAAAUAGCGACAGCUGCUGAUCCAGAUGCCGAUCCGGUCGUCGUUGAAGUUCGUUCCACCGCACCUUGCGCCCGCCGUCGCCGAGAUGUUGCCGAAUUUUUAGCACAAGCCGAUUCUGAAAUCGACAUUCAUCCUGCUGAACCCCUACCGAUUGAGACCAGUGCCGUUAUUGAUACCCCAUCAGAAAGCAGAGAGAUUCAGCCAGCCCAGACGGAACUGUUAUCAUCCAAGUCGGAUGAACUGGUAGAAAAUCCUGAGAUCCGGCAAGGAAGCAAUUCGAACGCGGCCACCAAACUGGUGACUGUUAUCGCCACAAGUUUCACAUUCGUCGCUAAAACUCUUACAUCGACUGCAACAUUGGCCGCAGCUGAGGGGCUGCUUUGUCGUCCACCCGGAUACGCCGUUUGCUGAUCAGGAUGUUCUUCGAUUUUAUUUAAAACCUUUUCUUACAAGCAUAUGAAAUCUUCCCAGUUUUCUAUGCCUUUUUCUCAAAAUGCAUUUCAACUUCAUUUUCCCUGUUUUUAUUCCGUGAUGAUGAAUAAUACACAAGCUUAAGUUAUCUA